AUCUGUCCCUGCCCCGGAAGUAGUUGUUUACUGGGCCCUAUGCCAGUCACGGAGAUUCCAGGGGUACGGUAGCCAUGUUCCUUUCCGCUGUCUCCUUUGCCAAGAGCAAGUCAAAAACCCUUCUGGUGAGAAUGGUGAGCCAGGCCGGGACAGGUAUUACCUUCAAUGCCAGGAGAGGCCGACUCCGGGAGAAAUUGACCCUUUUGCAUUAUGAUCCAGUUGCAACAUGGAUGGAACUGGAAAAUGUUAUGUUGACUGAAACAAACCAGACACAGGAAGACAAAUACCAGAUGUUCUCAUGCAUGGAAAGCAGUAAGUCAACUUGUGCAAGUACUAAAUGAAAUACAGACACUAGUGACAGGGAAUGUAAAACAGAAAGAAAUUAAAAGGAACUAAAGUAUUGCAAUGCGAGGGCACUGACCUCAUUGAAAUCCACGGAGGGGUUCAUAGCUGAAUGGCUAUUAGGGGGUGAGGCUCAGUUGGAGGAAGUGGGUCCUGGAGUUGUGCCUUUAAAGGCUAUGUGUUGUCCCCAGCCCUCCCUCUUGGGCUCUUUCCUGUUCUCUCUGGGACCUGGUGUCGUAAGGUGAGCAGCUUUGCUCUGCCACACCUUUCUGCCCUGAUGUUUCUGCCUCACCAC